AUGUGGGCACCAUUACAGAAAGAUCCUUUCUUUGGAGGGUUCAAGUGUGUGGAUGAAGAUGAGCGUCGACUGCAUGCCCUCACAGUUGUCUCAUGUCAGGUGUUUGCACUGCUGCUCAGCUUACUGCCAGAUGUGGCUAGAAAAACAAAUUAACUGUCACUGCACGACAAACUCUUCUUUCUUGUGAAAUUGAGACAUGGUGUCCCAUUUUCAUUCCUUGCUGUUAUGUUCAGUGUGCAUCGGACAACAGCUUCUAGGAUACUCAAGACUGUUUUGGAAUGCCUACAGUGUGCAACCCGCAAGUGGCUCGUUUGGCCAAUCAGAUUUGCUGUACAAGCGACAAUGCCACCAAGUAUCCGUCUGUACUACCCAAGUUGCAGGGUUAUAAUUGACUGUACGGAGCUGCGGACUGAAAUGCCACCAACAGUAGAGCAGCAAAACACAUGGUACUCACAUUACAAAGGCAGCUAUACUGCAAAGUACCUUAUAGGCAUAACACCAAAUGGUCUUGUGACAUUUCUGUCAUUUAAAUUUGGAGGGAGGGCAGGGCACACUGUUAUCACAGUGGAGUCGGAUCUUUUGCCUCUGCUGCAGCAAGGAGAUGAGGUGCUGGCCGACAAGGGUUUCCCUGGCAUACGGACUGGACUUGGGGGCCGAAAUGUAACACUUGUUAUGCCACCGUUUGCAAGCAGACCACAGUUCAGAGAGCUAGAGAUGGAAGCGACGUACAAAACAGCCAGCGUAAGGAUUCACGUCGAAAGAGUCAUCCAGUCUUCGAUAUCAUCAAUCACCGCAUACCCUACAGCCUACCCCUGGUACAGCAUCUUGCGUGCCUGUUUUUCUUUCAUUUUUUUCCUUUCCUUUAUUUCUUUUGUUUAUUCUCAGUUCCUUUCUUUUUCUUUCUUUUUGUUUCUUUUUCAGUUUCUUUUCCGGAAUAGCAAGCUGGCAAUAGCCUGGCUGACAUUUCCGUUUUUUUUCUCGCUCUAUUAAACAUAUCCCCCCCCCUUGACAAAAUCAUGCAUGUAGUUUGUGUGAUUACAAAUGUGAGGCCCUGAAUAUUUGAAGACACAGAAGGUUGACGUCUGUAUCACCAGUCUAUAUUGUACAGCAGUGUUUCUUUUUAUUUGGAGUUACAUGUCCACCCACGGUGGUGUACAAGAGCACAUCUUGUUCUCCUUCUGAGUUCUGCACGAAGUGCAGAUGGGGAGGAGAUGUUCGAAAUAAAAUCUUCGGAGUCUUGGUACUGCUGCACUCAGAAAGGUAUUGUCUCUCACAACUUCUAUUCUUUCAAAGUCCACUUUUGUGUAAACGAAAAAGCUACAUGCUUUCAAAUGCAACACAUGCAAGUUAAUCUUAACCUGAGUGUAAUAUGUGUGUGUCUUUCGAAGGUACAGCCCAUUCUCAUCUGUACACAGGUAGCUUAGGAGUGGGAGUUCCGACACCUUCUUUUGCUCGCGGCUCUUGGGGCAUGUGAUUUCCAGCAGCGGAACCGUACCAUCAGGUGACCUAGAGCAAACAACACGUGUACCUGAGUGGUACUGUAAAUAUGUAAUAAAUUAUCAUAUGCAAUUAUAUUUGCCUGUACACUUACCUGAACACACCAUCAGGAGAGCUUGCCAACCAGGGGUCGUCCGAUGCAACAACAAGCCCAAAACACUGCCCAGAGACCCCAUGCGCUCACUCAAAUUUUCUGCGUGCCUCUGCCUCUGUACUGAUUCCAUAUGAAAUAGCACGACAAGAAAACUCCUUGUUAUCGAGCAGUGCUUCAGCACGUUUUCUCGGGUCUGUCCUGAGCUGAGGAUCCUGAGCCUGCAUACAAUCAUUUGGCAGAUUAGUUCACAUGUUUACGAGCAAUGCAGAUGUUUUAGAAAGACAAAGUGCAUGCCUUUGUAGCUGUGACUCGAAAGGACCGUUCUAACUUCCAGGAUUUGUAACUACGGCGAGUCUUCACACAUAGUUCUUUUAUUGCUGCGUGUCCUAGCACUAUAUGUGUGUUGUAGAACAAAAGGAGACAGGGCAUCAGCUGUGCAAUACAACUAUGAACUUUUAAAUUGAGUCCAUUUGGUGUGCAAUGUGAUG